GUUCCCAGGGCUCUAUCCACAAUCAGGCUGGGCAAGCCUGAAUGGAAGGCAGAAAACAGCAACGUCUGAUUUCCUCCUUUCCUGGAAAUGGGGCAAGAAAAAGAAACGUGAUCCAAGUAGUUUCAGUUUUGGCUGAGUGGAAAGUAGCUCACAAAAUCUCUCUCUGAAACAAAGUUCAGCCUCCAGGAAGGGAGAGGAGCCUGCUCCACCCCAUAUGCACACAGCUAUCCCCAGAUGGGACAAGGCUACCAAGAAUCAUGGCCUCUGCAUUUGAGUGGGCUGCCAAGAGUGUGGUUCGAGAGCUGAGCAAAACUGGGGAGCUGAUUCCUGUGGACAGCCUCAAGAGCUCCACCCACUUCAGUCCCUACUACCUGGUCCGGAAGAAGACCAGGAGCUCCUUAUUUUGGAGAUCACAGUACGUUUGGCUCAAUUUGACUCUCAAGGACAUUCUGGAUCCGAGCUCCCCAGAACCAGAAGUGACCCAGUAUGGACCAUUCCACUUUAAUGAUGAGGUGGAUGGGAAGAUGUCUGGCAGUGUGGAGGUGACCGCCUCUGUGCAAGGGAAGAUUUCAGGACAAAUCUCAGAGUCAAACAAAGCCGUCCUCGAGGUCAAGAUUCUCGCUGUGUCCCCUACCACCUGGGAAUGCUUACAGAAGGAAAGGAAAUGGAAGAACCCAGAGCUCUCCAUCAUUCAGGAGCUUCGGGAACGGGAAAAGAACCUGUAUGUUGUGACAGAAGCUGUGAAGAUCCAGAAAGAUGCCGUUCUGAAGAGGUCCAAAAAUAGGGAAGGCUUUGGAAAGAUCGCCAUUCCAUUAGCCUCAUGUGUCCAGGGUGAGGGUCACGGUCACUUCAAUACAGUGAAGACAGUGACCGUCCCUGAGGGCAGUAUACUUGCUUUCCAAGUUGCCAAGUUGAUUAUCCGGGAUGAUUGGAAAGUUCUUCUCAUUCCAAACAAGAACCAGAAAACCUUCCUACCCAAAAAAACAGGAUCUGCAAAGAUCAUCCAGUCAGAUUUCUGCAAAAUAACAAGUGUCACCACAGUUAUAGACUUUAAGAAUCUGCAGGCUGAGGUGGAGAAUGAACAACGCGAACUAACCGUGCUGAGCCGCAAGUUACAGCAGCUUCUGCGUCAGGCUCUCCUGGGGCUCCUCCAGAGUGAGCAGGACCUACUGGACUUAGAAGACACGCUAGAACAGAGUUUGUACACUGGGGAACCCCCGAAGAUGAUGGAGGGCAAGACAGACCACAUUCUAAGUAACCUGCAAGACGAAAGUGGACAACUUGUGGAGGAACUAGCAGGGGCAUUCCUCUAUCUCCUUGGAGCUCUGAACGCCCUGAGUGACGUCCAACAUCAGCUCCUGAUCCAGUUGCUAGAGAAAAAGGAAGAGAUCCUGUCCCAGGAGGUGGAACUGGUGAAGGAAAUUCUGAAGGAGAACAUCAAUCAGAUUGAGGAGAGGCCUUUCUCCCUUCCUUCAGAGCUGCGGUCCUUUGUCCAAGGCCAGGAUGAGAACUCGAUCCUCACACGUGGCCUGUUGGAAGAGUGUGGACUGUGGCUCUCAGGAGAUGAACCCCAAAUUACCUGGAACCCCAGUGCUCUGCAGUCACUUUGUGCACUGUAUGGGAGUCUGGUGAUGCUGCAGGCUCUCACUAAAGUCUGAUGACCUACCCCCUUUUUUCUCCCCUGAUUUGGUAUCUCCUCUCCCUAUGUCAGCCCCAGGCCCAGUGGAUUAGGGGACAGCUCUAUUUCACAUCACAGGGCCCUCCUCUGCUGCUGCACUAAAAAGCAAUCCCCACUAUACUAGACGAGUGCCCAUCCAGCCUCUACUUGAAGACCCCCUCACAGGGAAACCCACCACCUCUCAAGGCAACUCAUUCCCCCUUUGCACAGCUUUCAUUAUUAGCAAGUUUUUUUCUGACAUCAAGCCUUAGUUUACCUGUUUGUAGCCUUUGUCCACUGCCCCUGGUUCUGUCCUCUCAGGUCAAUAGAACAAGUCCAUCCCCUUUUCUGUAGCCCUUUAGAUACUUGUACAUAGCUGGCAGGUCACCCCUGGGUCUUUUCACAUCCACAUUUCCUUCAGCUGCUCCUCAUAUGACAUGGGCUCAAGGCCCUUUACCCUCAUGGUUUCUCUCCUCUGGACAUUGUCCAGUUUAUCAGUGUCCUUAAACUGUGGUGCUCAACCAGGUGGAAUGUGACCAGGGCAGAGGUGGAGCUAUCACAUGCCUCUUCCUGGAACCAUACCUCUGUAGAUGCAGCCCAAGAUGGCCCCAGCUUUUGAGACAUCUCCUCACAGUACUGACUCAUUAAGCUUGCGGUCCAUUCAAACCUCCAGAUCAGUUUUCAGGUACACUGCUAUAUAACCAUGCCUUGAUAUCUCAUGGAGUCAUUAGCUUCCAUAUGGCCAGGUCUAAUUUUUACAUUCUUUUCUUCAGUAUGGCUCUGUACCAACUUUUCCAAGCUAUUAGUUCUUGUUUCAUACCUUUCUUUCCCUAACUAUUAUCUCUUUUCCCAUUUUUUCCCCUACUGCUCCUGUUUGGUUUUUAAAUUUAUUUCUUAGCUCUUUAAAAAAAACUUUUAGGAAUUCUUGUCAGACAUGUUCAAGUUGCAUUUUUCUUUGAGGCUUUCUUGUCAAUAUUUUCAAGUUAUCCUGUUCUUAUUUGUGUAGAGCUUCCCUGUCUUCAUAAUAGCUUUUUUUGUGGUGGGAUUCUUUUUUUGUUUGCUCAUUCCAGUAGACUGUAAGCUCCUUGAGGACAGUGCCUGUCUCUUUUUGUAUCCUCACUGCUCGGCACUCUGCCCAUCACAUAAUAGGUGCUUAAUAAAUGUUGAUUAUUUAACAAAUGCUAGAUGAUUUUCCUUGACUAGUAACUCCUACCUCUUUUAAUUCCAAGAUUAGCUUAUAUCAGCUUUGCAUCAAUAAUAAUAUGUGCAUAUUGUCAAUCUUCUCAGAAUGCAAACUCCCAGGGAGGGAAUGGUUUCACUUUUAUCUCUGUAUCCCAAUGUUUUGCACAGGGCCUGGAACAUCAUAACAACAUAAUAAAUGCUGUUGAUUGACUGUUAA